CAAUAAUUAUAAGAUAUAGUUUACUACUAAGUUAUCCCCUAUUUAUUAGAUGCUUUUUGAGAAUUGGACAUUAUUAAAAAGCACUACUUUCUUAAUACAAAGAGUAUAAACAAUUGUCAACAUUAGUUUGAAUUGCUUAGGUAACAAUCAUUUUGAGCUAAAACGACAGUUAAAAUUAAACAUAAAAAGUAUUUUUCUUAAUGGGCGUGAAAAAACCUAAAACACAGUCAAAACGGGACGAAGGGGGUAUUUUCAUCCAAAACAAAAGGGAAAGCAGAACCCCACGAGCAAAUAAUUAUUCUAGUGCCAAUAAUUACGUAUAAACUAAAGUUUCCAGCUCACACCUUACUCCAGUAGCCCAUAUUCCUCCCAUAAAAAAAAAAAAAAAAAAAAAAAAACAGAUCCUUCCUAUAUGUUAAGCUUCAAAAUACACCUAUAAAAGGACUCCUAUAACCAAACCAAUAACAUCAUCAUUCACACUCUUUCGUCUUCCCUUGAAAUAUUUCAUCUUUGAAAAUGGCUUCUAAUAUUUCGUCAGCAUUGCUUCUUCUUUCAAUACUAAUGAGUAUCCAAUUACUAGUCUCAGCUGGUAAUUUUUAUAGAGAUGCAGAGAUUACUUGGGGCGAAGGACGCGGUAAAAUACAAGAAGGUGGUCGAGGCCUCGCCCUUACUCUUGAUAAACUUUCUGGCUCCGGUUUCCAAUCCAAGAAUGAAUAUCUUUUUGGAAGAUUUGAUAUGCAACUUAAGCUUGUCCCUGGAAAUUCUGCUGGCACUGUUACAACUUUCUUUUUAUCUUCACAAGGAGAAGGACAUGAUGAGAUUGAUUUUGAGUUCUUAGGAAAUGUGUCUGGCCAGCCUUACACAGUGCAUACCAAUGUAUAUACACAAGGAAAAGGAAACAAAGAACAACAAUUCCACCUUUGGUUCGAUCCAACUUCCGCAUUUCACACUUACUCCAUUGUCUGGAACCCUCACCGCAUAGUGUUCCUAGUAGAUAACAGUCCCAUGAGAGUAUACAACAACCAUGAAAGCAUUGGAAUUCCAUUCCCAAAGAGCCAAGCAAUGAAAGUAUACUGCAGUUUGUGGAAUGCAGAUGAGUGGGCAACACAAGGAGGCAGAGUGAAGACUGAUUGGACACUUUCUCCUUUCACUGCUUAUUAUAGAAACAUCAAUAUUGAUGGCUGUGCCAUGUCAUCAGGCACCUCUUCAUGUAAGUCCACAAAUAAUGUUAAGCCAUGGCAAACACAUGAACUUGAUGGUAAGGGAAGGAAUAGGCUCAGAUGGGUGCAAAGCAGACACAUGGUUUACAAUUACUGUGCUGAUUCUAAGAGGUUUCCUCAAGGUUUUCCUGCUGAAUGCAAGAGUUCAAGAUUUUAAGAAAUGAGAGUAUGAAAUUCUUUAUUCUUUGUACCAAUAAGAGUUUUGUUAGUUACUUAUUUUGUUGCUGUGUAAUUGGGUAUUAAUCAAGUCU